AUGGAUGAUGACCAGGAGGCAAACCCUUCCAAUGAGGAUGUGGACGGGAAGAAGCCAGAAGAACACAUUAAACUCAAAGUCAUCAGAGAGGAUAGCAGUGAGGUACAUUUCAGAGUGAGAAUGACAACACAUCUGAAGAAACUCAAAGAAUGCUAUUGUCAAAGACAAGGAGUUCCAAUGCACUCAUUUCGAUUUCUGUUUGAUGGUAAGAGAAUUGCUGACAACCACACCGCCAAAGGGCUAGGAAUGGAGGAAGAUGAUGUAAUUGAAGUUUAUCAGGAACAAAACGGGGGUCAUUCAAUGAUUUAGGUAUCCUUUCAUCUUUUUUUCCUUUACCCUCAAUCCUUUUUUAUUUUUAAAAAUAGUUAUUUUGUAAUGUGGUGUUCAAAAUAGAAUUGAAAACUGGCACCACAUCUUGUUAAACUAUCUGAUAAUUUGAAUUCUGUUGACCAUUUUUCACUAUCACUUUUUUUCACUGUGCUGAUUUUUGGAGAUCAAACCUCAGCCUCCUUCAUAUAUUGCCUUC